AUGGCUGCACGCAAGGAACGCAGCAUUGCAAAGGACACAAUUUUCGGUUUUGUUGUUGACUAUGAUGAAGUAAAUCCAUCACAAUACAAUCCACCGGCUGCUGGCUAUUUACACAAACCACCAUACCGUUCAAAAAGAGAUGCAUCCUCAGAUUAUACUACCCCAGCUCCAGAAUACAAAAAAGAAGAGGAAUAUAAACAACCAGCUAGUGAUUAUGCUUCUCCUGGAUAUUCUCCUGCUACAAACUACCAAAAUUAUUAUAAUUAUGAGAAAACUCCGAAUAAUCCUCGUUGUGUUUGUUGCUCCCCAAGAGUUUACAGUGUUCAUCGAGAUUAUGGAAAGAAAAAAUCUUAUGGAUAUGGCAGUGGAGAGGCAAAGAAAAAAUAUGGAGGAAAUGAAUACAAAAAAGGUGGAGAAUAUGGAAAUGAGGAAUAUGGAGGGGCAAAACAAGGAUAUGAAGCACCGAAGUAUGAAGCUCCGAAAUAUGAGGCACCGAAAUAUGAAGCACCAAAAUAUGGUGGUUAUGAGGCACCUAAAGGAUAUGAAGCACCUAAAGGCGGGUACGAAGCACCACAAUAUGGAGGCUAUGAAGGACCGCAUUACGGCUCACCGCAAGCAGAAUAUGGGGCACAAGGAGGGUAUGAAGGAGGUUAUGAACAGAAAAGUUACGGACCAGAAAAAUACAACAACAAAUACGAAGAACCAGCAAAACCAUAUGAACAACCACCCUCAAAUUAUGAACAACCACAAAGCUAUCAACAAUAUGGAGAAAAACAAGAAUAUUAUCAAGAAAAACCAAAACAUCGCUAUGGGGACAAAUAUGGCAGCAGUUAUCAAUAUGGACGAGGAUAUAAUGAAAAUAAAGAAUAUAAUAAAAAAUUGUGA